GAGAUGAGUUGACUCUGGAAGGCAUCAAACAGUUCUUCGUGGCCGUCGAGAGGGAGGAGUGGAAGUUCGACACACUCUGCGAUCUGUACGACACCCUCACCAUCACUCAGGCCGUCAUCUUUUGCAAUACAAAGCGCAAAGUGGACUGGCUCACUGAGAAAAUGAGGGAAUCCAACUUCACGGUCUCCUCCAUGCACGGGGAUAUGCCUCAGAAGGAGAGGGACACCAUCAUGAAGGAGUUCAGGGGUGGUUCCAGCCGAGUCCUCAUCACAACGGAUGUCUGGGCGCGUGGUAUUGAUGUACAGCAGGUGUCACUCGUCAUUAACUAUGACUUACCCAACAAUCGGGAGCUCUAUAUUCAUCGAAUCGGACGAUCGGGACGUUUUGGUCGUAAAGGCGUUGCCAUUAAUUUUGUAAAGAACGACGACAUCAGGAUCUUAAGGGACAUCGAGCAGUACUACAGCACACAAAUCGAUGAAAUGCCGAUGAAUGUGGCGGAUCUCAUAUAAACUCAUUAAUUUCUUAUCUGUAUUACAAUUAAGACUUAUUUUCCCCAUUUCUGUAUCAAAAUAUCCUUUAAUCAUAUUAUGAUUUAUUUAUCUAAAAUAAAGUUUUCAUUAUAUCA